AUGGCUGGCCUGUUCGGAUCCGCAGCCUCGACGAGUCAAGCCAAUACUCUUGGUGACCUGUCAAAGGAUGUAGCUCUGCAAUCCCCACCUGACGACAGUGUCUCCGACCUUUCGUUCUCUCCGCAGUCAGAUCAUCUUGCAGUGGCUUCGUGGGAUAAGAAGGUCCGGAUCUAUGCAAUCACUCAGAAUGGAGGAAGCGAGGGGAAGGCGUUCUUCGAACAUGAUGCCCCGGUUUUGAGUUGCCACUGGUCUCCAGACGGUACGAAGGUUGUUGGAGCAGGAGCAGACAAAAUGGCCAAGGUGAUCGACCUUGGAGCAAACCAGAACACAGCUACCCAAGUUGCGGCGCACGAUCAACCUAUACGCUGUGUUCGUUACUUCGAACCCCCCGGAUCGAAUGCGCCGAUGAUCGUGACCGGCUCGUGGGAUAAGACAGUCAAGUACUGGGAUCUGCGACAAAGCCAACCUGCUGCCACCGUGCAAUGCCAGGAGCGAGUCUAUACUUUGGAUGUGAAGAAGAAUCUUCUAGUCAUUGGCACGGCAGAUCGAUACAUUAAUGUCAUCAACUUGAGUGAACCUGCGAAAUUCUACAAGACGAUACAAAGCCCGUUGAAGUGGCAGACCAGAGUUGUUAGCUGCUUUCCUGAUGCAUCCGGUUUUGCAGUCGGAAGCAUUGAGGGACGAUGUGCCAUUCAAUACGUUGAAGAGAAGGACGCAGCUUCCAACUUCUCCUUCAAAUGCCACCGAGAUCCCCCUCAAAACAAUAUGACAAACGUCUACUCGGUCAACGCCAUCUCCUUCCACCCUCAACACGGCACGUUCAGCACCGCUGGUUCUGACGGCACGUUCCACUUUUGGGAUGGAGUUGCCAAGCAUAGACUCAAGGGAUAUCCAACUACUGGCGGUACCAUUUCAGCAACAGCAUUCGAUCGAAGUGGGCAAAUCUUUGCUUAUGCUGUCAGCUAUGACUGGAGCAAAGGAUAUGCGACCAAUACCCCACAGUACCCGAAUAAGGUUAUGAUGCAUCCGGUUGGAGCCGAAGAGUGCAAGCCUCGUCCAAGUGUCAAGAAGAGGUAG